CUUAAAAGUCAUGGUCGUCCCAAUGCCAGGGACUGAAGGACCCUCACUUGGAUUCUUUACACAAGAAGAUCGGAUAUCACCACUUGGAUUCCUUAUUGGAUUUUUUUAUAUGCUUUUGAAUCAUAAGCAUGCAGUCCAUCAGAGACUUGACGCCCAACUUCAGUGCCCCCCCGUCGUCCACCAUGGCUCCCGGUGGUGAUGCUUACCUCCAGGGUAACAUCCGUUUGACUUUGGAGGACCCUAACCUGUGGAGGACGUUUCACGAUAUCGGAACAGAGAUGAUCAUCACCAAACCUGGCAGGAGGAUGUUUCCGCACUGCAAAGUGAAUCUAUCCGGUUUAAUUCCAUGUGCCAAGUACAUUUUACUGGUGGACAUGGUCCCAGAAGAUGGCUUUAGAUACAAGUGGAAUAAAGAGAAAUGGGAAGUGGCGGGAAAAGCGGAGCCUCAGCCUCCGUGUAGAACUUACCUGCAUCCCGACUCUCCCGCUCCGGGGAGCCACUGGAUGAAGCAGUCCAUCUCGUUCCUUAAGCUCAAGCUCACUAACAAUACGCUCGACCAGCACGGCCAUAUUAUUUUACACUCAAUGCAUCGCUACCACCCUCGCUUCCACAUUGUUCAGGCCGAUGACCUGUUCAGCGUCCGCUGGGGUGUUUUCCAGACCUUCACAUUCCCGGAGACAUCCUUCACAGCAGUCACCGCCUACCAGAACACAAAGAUCACCAAACUGAAGAUCGAUCACAACCCGUUCGCCAAAGGUUUCCGUGAUGAAGGCACAACAAAGAAAAGGCGUGCAAGCAAGAACCCAAGCGGUCUGGAGAAGCCAGCAAAGAUCUCAGAAAUGAACAGAGACUCAGAAGAGGACACUCCAUCAGAAUUCUGCCGCUCCUCCUUUGAGGGUUACGAGGGAGAUGAAGCGGAGCUCCAAAAGAGGAAGGAUGCAGAUGAGAUCAAGGAGGAACGCUACUCGCCCUGGUCUGCAGAGCGAGAGCACAGCAUGAGGAACGGAUCUCCUCCUGCUGCUGAUUCUCGGGACCUUUACAGUACAGAGCAGCUGGUUCCUGCUCCGGCAUCGUACCAGCCUUACAGGUUCCACGAGUAUGGAAAGUCGCCUUCCCCGUCUUCCAGUGUCGGCAGCAGUACCAGUGGAUCAGGGCGCAGCAAUUUCGAAUCCAGGGUCCCCGAUGUCGCCACAGUCCCUGAUCAUGACUCGUCAAAACCCCGCACUCAUGAGGUCACCGCUUCGCCCUGCGUCCCCCAGGAUUACCCCGCGGUGCUCAACAUGAGCAUGGCCCCAACAGGCAAGCCGGGCGUGAUCGGCCACCACAUCUACAACCACUACAGCGCCGAGCAGCCCCUGGCUCAGUGGAGCAGCUCCGGUCCAGCCCAGUACCCGCCGCCUCCUCACCACCUCACCACCGACUACACCACGCAGGCCGUGCACCACGGCUACCACCACAGCAACGUGGCCGAGUGGAGCCAGUACCCACUCUUCUCCUAUUCUUGCUGGUGAGGGCAUCAGAGUGAUGUCCUCCACGCUUCUUCUGCUCCUUCAUGUUACCACAGUGUUGCUCUCUUCAAGCCGCUAGACACGGGGCGUGCCCCUUAAAGGGCCGCCAUGAGAAUACAACACCUGCUGAUGGACUCGCUAUAAUGACUAAAGUGUGCAAUGCCAUACUGAGGAAUUGUUUUAUUGUUGAGUUGUCUAUUUAUUUUGUAUUUCAUUCCAUCCUCAAGUGAAUAUAUUAUUUUUGUAAAAAAAAAACAAAACAUAAAACCCAAGUGUGCAAUUUAUUUC